UUCAAAGCAGAGUUUUUUGACCCAAAUGUUUUUCGAGAGGUUGUAGAAGCGUCUGGCGCAAGGUAUUUUGUAAUCACCAGUAAACAUCACGAAGGGUUCACAUUAUGGCCAAGCAAAACUUCUUGGAGUUGGAAUUCAGUUGACGUUGGCCCUCAUAAAGAUAUAGUUGGGGAGCUAAAAAAAGCAUUCUUACAAUCCAAAGUUCACUUCGGGAUUUAUUUUUCUCAGUUUGAGUGGUUCAACAGGUAUUUCCUUAGUGACUCAACUAACAACACUACUGAUUAUGUCGAAAAGAUUUCCUAUCCUCAAAUGUUAGAACUAGUCAGUGACUACCAACCAGAAAUUAUCUGGAGUGAUGGAGACUGGGAGAUGAGCGAUAAGUAUUGGAAAUCAAAAGAAUUUCUAGCAUGGCUUUACAAUAAGAGCCCUGUCAAAGAUACUGUUGUGGUAAAUGAUCGAUGGGGUGCUGGUGACGCAGGGGUGCACGGUGGAUUCCUGACUUACAGCGAUCAUUACGAUCCAGGUGAAAAUGAAAUUUUUGGCUAUUAG